AUGGCCGCCCAGCUCGCCCGCGCCGGCCUCUUCGCCAUCAUCUCCUACCUCGCCCAGUCGGCCUUCCACCGCGGCAAGACCCUCGGCGCCGUCCGUCUCGCCCUCGGGACUGAGACCAACUUCCACCCCUCCGCGAACGAGGUCAAGAUCAUUCCCGACACGAUCAACUGCGAGGACCUGCAUGUUCACCAGGGCCUCAUCUUUGCUGCGUGCCAGGAGAAGGACGGGACGCGCAAGGGAUGGUUCCCCGCCCUCCACAACUUCAAGGACCCCAGCCAGGCCAUCUACGGUAACCUGAGGAUCAUCGACCCCGAGACCGACACUGCCAUCCCGCUCAAGAUUGAGGGUUUCGGCAACCGCGCCUUCACGACGCACGGCAUCGAUGUCGUCGCCGACCCCCACAACAAGGCUGCCGUAUUCAUCCACGCCGUGAACCACGCACCGAACACCGACCCGGAGGGUCCCGCUGCUGCCUCCCGCGUCGAGAUCUUCCACUACGUCCUCGGCUCUGGCUCUGCUCAGUGGGUGCGCACCGUCGCCGUUCCGGUGAUUACGACUCCGAACGACAUCUUCUCCGUCUCCCCCUCCGAGUUCUUCGUCACCAACGACCACCACUACCGUGACGGCCCGAUGCGUCUUGUGGAGGACCUGGGCACGCGCCAGGUCGCUGCCUGGUCGAGCAUUGCGCACUGCGACGCGGACCUCGACUACACCGACGACGUCGGCGUCAACUACAAGCUCGCGCUCGAGCACAAGCUGCACAACAACAAUGGCCUCGGGCACGGUCCCGACGGCACGGUGAUCAUCAACGACGCGGCCGGCGGUGCGAUGUACUUUGCCAAGAUCGGGGAGGACGACCAGCUCCAGCUCCUGCCUGGCGAGAUCCAGCUGCCGAGCACCAUCGACAACCCCUUCUGGUUCGCCGACCCUUAUCCCGAGGUCAGCCACGAUGCGUCGGGAGCCGUCAACGCCGGUCUGCAGCACGCGAUCACGAUGGCCAAGACGCUACAGGAGGACGGCGACAUUGCGUCCGUCGUGUACCUCUCCAAGGGCACGCCUGGCGCGCCGGCAAAGGAGUGGAACACGACGCGCCUCUUCGCCGACGACGGGAGCAAGCUCAACUCGGCCUCGGCCGCUGUCCUCGUCGCGAUCGACCCGAAGACGAACGGAGGCAAGAAGCAGGCCAAGCUGUACGCGUCUGGCUUUGCGAGCAAGGGAGUCCUCAGCACUGUUGUCGACCUUUAG